AAAUGCGAUUCACUCGACCUAGGCUCUUUGGCGUAUGCAAAUCGCUGGUAUCAUUGGUUUUACUUCGUGAAUGCUAUGUUCUUAGUCAAUUUCUAAUUCUAAUCUCAAUUUCGACCUUGAUUUUGAGCUUGGAAUGACGUUUUGGGACCAAAACCGCAAAAUUCGAAGGUUUUUGUACUGUUCCUGUAGUCUGCAAUUCAGUUCGUUUCUUUGAAUUUUUGGGAUUUGUUUGGGGUCUGUGACUUGUAUGGGACUCGUAUAGCAAGGAAGAAGCUCGGUUUACUACAGCAACAGAGCUUAGGUCGGUUUUUCUGAGUGUUUUUGAAUUACCAAGUUGUGUUUCCCCUGUUUCUUUGACCUCGGUUUGCAGUACUGUAAACCUGCUAUGAAUAAAAAAAAGGCUGGGAAGGGGGAAGCAAUGCCCAGAGUUACUAGGUCUAAGGCAGCAGGUUUUGAGGUACUCAACCAUCUUGAGGAGGAAUUCCCUGAGCUCGCAGAAUCAGUGAAGGGACCUGCGGUUAUUGCUGAAAAAAUUGCAGGUCCUGCUGCAAAAUGUGGUUCUGCCACUUGGCCUGCAGGUACUGAACAUGCUAAAUGUGUUUCUGCCACUAGGCAGACUGUUUCAGGCCACAAUUCUGGGAAGAAUUUCACAACCACUGGUGGCCAGAAGGCUGGAGAACAUGCUGCUAAUACUGCAGACAUGGAUGAUACUCAUGGAAAUGAAAAAACACCUACUACUUCUAAGGCUUUAGUUCCUGUGACUAAAGCACCUACUGCAAUCAACUCACCUGCUGCUGGGAAAGGUGAAGCUGCUAAACAGACACCUGCUGUAGAAAAUUUGACAAAGGAUGAUAGUGUCAAAACUGUGGCAGUAACCAUAGAUAACGAGCAGGCAGCCCAGGCCAAACCUUGGAAUGCCCUUUUUAAGGAUAACCGUGACCCAAAGCAUGGUAUCAAACUGAAAUAUGUCCCUCCUAAAGGGGAAACCUUGGACUUUGGUGAUCGUGUUUUACCCUCCAUGGUCGAAAUGUGGGGCUUUUGCCUAGUUGGACACUUUACCGGAAAUUUUCCCGGACUUAAAGCGGUUCAUGAUCUCAAAGC